CAGUACAUUAGAGGUCCAGUCUACAAGUCUAUUAAGUCGUUUGCCGGCUUCAAUGCUCAAAACGUCAGAGCCUACGUUCCAGACUUAAUCCUCUGGGGUGGUGCUGCCGGUGCCGGUGUUGCUGUCUUUACUGAAGGCUGGCCAUUGUUCCAAAAGGUUUUCUACCAAAAGAUUCCAGUCUUUGGUAACCACUGGAUCUACAACCCAGACCCAGAAGACAUCCCAUUGUAA